AGUUAUCUGCUUAGUCUCACCCUUCAUAUUUGCAAUCUGAGGAAAAGGUCUGAGCCAGCAUGAAGACAGAAUCCCAUCUUCAUUAGAGAAAAAAGCUCCUAUGCAACCGUUGUGUACUAAUGAUGUAUUCUGAUUACUUAGCUUUCUGCCUGACGCAGUUCAUUUCAAGAAGUGCACGAUGACAGAGCGUGGAAUUAAAUGGGCUUGUGAGUAUUGUACAUAUGAAAACUGGCCAUCUGCAAUCAAAUGUACCAUGUGUCGUGCUCAGAGACCUAGUGGAACAAUUAUCACAGAAGAUCCAUUUAAAAGUGGUUCAAGUGAUAUUGGUAGAGACUGGGAUCCUACGAGCACUGAAGGAGGGAGCAGUCCUUUGAUAUGUCCAGAUUCUAGUGCAAGACCAAGGGUUAAAUCCUCUUACAGUAUGGAAGGUGCAAAUAAAUGGUCAUGCCACAUGUGCACAUACUUGAACUGGCCAAGAGCGAUAAGGUGUACUCAGUGCUUGUCUCAACGUAGGACCAGGAGUCCCACAGAGUCUCCUCAGUCUUCAGGUUCUGGUUCAAGACCAGUCCCUUUUUCUGUUGAUCCAUGUGAGGAAUAUAAUGACAGAAAUAAACUAAACACAAGGGCUCAGCACUGGACUUGUUCUGUUUGUACAUAUGAAAACUGGGCGAAGGCCAAGAAAUGUGUUGUAUGUGAUCAUCCCAGACCUAACAACAUAGAAGCAAUAGAACUGGCAGACACAGAAGAGGCUUCUUCAAUCAUAAAUGAGCAAGACAGAGCUCGAUGGAGAGGAAGCUGUAGUAGUGGUAAUAGCCAAAGAAGAUCUCCACCUACAACCAAACGUGAAUCUGAUGUGAAAAUGGACUUCCAAAGAAUUGAAUUGGCUGGAGCUGUUGGCAGCAAGGAAGAACUUGAAGUUGACUUCAAAAAACUAAAGCAAAUAAAAAAUAGAAUGAAAAAGACUGACUGGCUGUUUCUAAAUGCUUGCGUUGGAGUUGUAGAAGGUGAUUUAGCUGCUGUUGAAGCUUACAAGUCAUCAGGAGGAGAUAUUGCCCGCCAGCUUACUGCAGAUGAAGUACGCCUGUUAAAUCGCCCUUCUGCUUUUGAUGUUGGGUACACACUUGUACAUCUGGCAAUACGCUUUCAGAGACAAGAUAUGCUAGCAAUUUUGCUUACGGAGGUAUCGCAACAUGCAGCGAAGUGCAUUCCUGCCAUGGUGUGUCCAGAGGUCACAGAACAAAUUCGUCGUGAAAUUGCUGCAUCUCUUCAUCAACGAAAGGGAGACUUUGCUUGCUAUUUUCUGACUGACCUUGUAACGUUUACGUUACCUGCAGAUAUUGAAGACUUACCACCCACAGUCCAAGAAAAGUUAUUUGACGAAGUACUUGAUAGAGAUGUUCAGAAAGAGCUAGAAGAGGAAUCUCCCAUUAUUAACUGGUCACUGGAACUGGGUACGCGCUUGGACAGCAGAUUAUAUGCACUUUGGAAUCGGACUGCAGGGGACUGCCUGCUUGAUUCAGUACUACAAGCCACUUGGGGCAUUUACGACAAGGAUUCAGUGCUGCGGAAAGCUCUUCAUGACAGUUUACAUGACUGCUCACAUUGGUUCUAUACACGCUGGAAAGAGUGGGAAUCGUGGUAUUCCCAAAGCUUUGGUUUACAUUUCUCAUUGCGAGAGGAACAGUGGCAGGAAGAUUGGGCAUUCAUACUCUCUCUUGCAAGCCAGCCUGGAGCGAGUUUGGAGCAGACACACAUUUUUGUACUUGCACAUAUUCUUAGAAGACCAAUUAUAGUUUAUGGAGUAAAAUAUUAUAAGAGUUUCCGAGGAGAAACAUUAGGAUAUACCCGCUUUCAAGGUGUGUAUUUGCCUUUGUUAUGGGAACAGAGUUUUUGUUGGAAAAGUCCUAUUGCUCUGGGCUACACAAGGGGCCAUUUCUCUGCUCUGGUUGCCAUGGAGAACGAUGGUUAUGGCAAUCGAGGUGCUGGUGCUAACUUGAACACUGAUGAUGAUGUUACUGUUACUUUUCUACCGUUGGUGGAUAGCGAGAGGAAAUUAUUGCACAUUCACUUCCUUUCUGCUCAAGAGAUAGGUAACGAGGAGCAGCAAGAAAAGCUGCUCCGGGAAUGGCUGGACUGCUGUGUGACAGAAGGAGGGGUUCUCGUUGCCAUGCAGAAAAGCUCUCGUAGGCGCAAUCAUCCGCUGGUCACCCAGAUGGUAGAGAAAUGGCUCGAUCGCUACAGACAGAUCCGCCCUUGUACAUCCCUUUCCGAUGGUGAGGAAGAUGAGGAUGAUGAUGACGAAUGAUGAUGAAGAAACUGAAAAGAAAAUUACCAGUGCAGAGUGUCUGACCCGGAGUUAGCGUUCUGCUUUAGCAGUUCGUUGUGGAACGACCCAAUUCUAGGGGAAACAUGCUGUAAAGGAUUUUUCUAACCAGCAUGGAGAGAGGCUAGAAGCUCAUCUGCUGUGUGAAGAGAGCAAAAUGGGCUGGACUACCGUUUGUAUAAAAACA